AUGGUUAAACAUACUAAGAAACCUAAUGAAAAAAUCUCUAAUAAAAAAAUAAAAACUGAUAAUAAAACUACCCCACAACAGAGUAGCACACUCGAAAUUUUUUUUACCAUUAGUAAAGUUUCUAAUAAAGAAAAA